CUUUUUCUGAUUUUUCCUCUUUUAACUUGAUUUGUUGCAAAACUUGAUAAAAAAAAAAGAGUGACAAUUCUAUGAAGUUAUCAGAAAUUUCAAGUGUCAAACAACCUUCGCAGCAAAAUAGCAUGACAAGAAUCCCACUACCGAUAUCUAAUGAUAAAUCAACACCACAAUUGAUAGACUUACUCUCCACGAAUAAUGUGAAUCUUCAGCAGCCACAAACUGUACAGGCGAAUCGCCGUCUAAGUCAAACUAGAUUGAGAAAGCCUGAAAUAUUCGCACCUACCUCGAUCAAAGCUUCUUCUUCACCGUCGUACGUAACAACUACAUCUACAUCAGAUACAGAGUCUUCGAUACCGUUUCCAGCAUUUCACCGCCGCAUAUCAUUUCCAGCAGAUGCCAAUGAUAUUCUAACAGAACAAUUAAGUAAAGAACGUGAAGCCUCUCAUCGUUUAAGUGCCAACUUGAUAUCAGCACAAGGACUUAUCAGUCAACCAAACAGUCAUGAUGGAUUGCAAUAUCUGGUGGAUGCGAGGUCACCUACAGAAAAAGACUGUACUGUAACGCACUCGCAAUUAAGUGAUCCAAUGUCGAUUGAUUCUGAUAAUAACAUUGAGUCACCUGUCAAUGCAAUGAGUUCGAAAGUUGCGUUCAACAAAUAUAGACACUACCUUUCACCUUUCGAAAAGACUGAAAUACUAAGAUACCCUGUUAUUUAUUAUGUUGGAUCACAUGCCAAAAAAAUCAAUGCUUCAUUGGAUCAAACUACAUUAAAUCAUGGAUACGAUGAUGAAAAAGGAGACUACAAAUUGAUCACGAAAGACCAUUUGAAUUACCGUUAUGAAGUACUGGAGACCUUGGGAAAGGGUUCAUUUGGACAGGUGGUCAAAUGCCGCGAUCAUAAGUGUACAAAAUCCGAUCCAUUCAAUAGCACAGUAGCUGUCAAAAUCAUUCGGAACAAAAAACGAUUUCAAGCACAAGCGUUAACAGAAGUUAAAAUAUUAGAACAUUUAAUGAAAUGGGAUCCUAAGGGGAAGCACUAUACUGUGAGAAUGCUGGACAACUUCUAUUUUCGAGAACAUCUGUGCAUUGUGUUUGAGUGUUUAAGCUUGAAUUUGUACGAAGUGUUGCAACAAAAUGGAUAUCAUGGUUUCAGUAUGGGUUUAGUGAAAAGAUUUGCUUACCAAAUCUUAAUGUCGGUCAAGUUGCUCAAUGAACACAACAUCAUUCACUGUGAUCUUAAGCCAGAGAAUAUUCUAUUGAAGCAACCUGAUAGGAGUUCUAUUCGUGUGAUUGAUUUUGGAAGUUCAUGCUAUAUCAAUGAAAAGAUAUACACAUACAUUCAAAGUAGAUUUUAUCGUGCACCGGAAAUAAUUCUUGGCGUAGAAUAUGGUCCAUCUAUUGAUAUGUGGAGCACUGGCUGCAUUUUGGCAGAGCUCUACACAGGUCAUCCACUAUUCCCUGGUGAGGAUGAGUCAGAUCAAUUAGCUUGCAUUAUGCAAUUAUUAGGUAUUCCUGAUAGAGAAUACUUGGAAAGAUGUACAAGAAGAAAGCAAUUUUUUGAUUUAUACGACAAACCACGGAGAAUCAUCAAUGCAAAAGGAAAAAAGCGACGUCCCAAAUCUCUGACUUUUGCAGAAGCGCUGAGAAAAUCGCCUACAGAGCCAGUGGAGAAGGAGUUUAUUGACUUUAUACGCAGAUGCCUUACCUGGGAACCAAGCACUCGAAUGAAACCAGUGGAAGCACUCUGUCAUCCUUGGCUCCAAUCGAUGAAGAAAUAAAACAUCUCCCUGCACCAAUGUGAAUUCAUGUAACAUACCCCUAAUUUGGUUAACAAAACAAUCGUUGUCAUGGCAACAUAGUUAGAUCUCAUUCUCUUUUCUUUAUUGGUUUAUUGGUUUUCACGAAAAACCGCGCAUUAUACAAAGAGCGCGAUUUUAUUGUUCCUUUUUUUUUUUUUUU